CAGUGCGAGAGAAGCAACAGAACUCUUGGCAAUAGGAUUGUAAGGUUAAUACCACUUUGUUUGAAAGCAAGUUAUAGAAAAAAAAGUUAAUGUGGAUUUUGAUGGCGAUGAUCUUUACGCCGGUAAUUCUGGGCUGAGAAAAGUACUGAUUGGAUUUGGAUGGUCUCGCAGAACAGUAAGCUGCCGUCAUCGCUCGAAUAAGAAAGCAGUACGAAAAACAACCUAUAUAAUUGUGGAGGACUGAAUGUUAAAGAAGAGGCAUGCUAUCUUCACCUGGUGAGAAAACAUAAAGGAAACUACAGUCAGCCUAAUGUGGAGUAAUACACUGGUCAUCUGAAAGGUCAGCGUGAUUGCUAGACAUCGUGGGAUGGUCACAGCUAUACCUUUUCAGCAAGAGCUGCAGAUGCUUUGGGAAAUAUUUUGAAUCAAAACAUUAGAAUCGGAAGCUAUAAAUGAUUCUGCUUUUGCAAGGCAAGAGAAGUCAGUCCUGAAUUGUACAGGAAAGAUAAGGAGACCAGGGCUGCUCUGAAGCUGGGAGGACCCCAGUUUCACUGAGAAUUUCAGCAUUCAUCUCUUUUUUAAAACCAUUGUCUGAUUGGAAGCACAUAGGGUGAAAGCAUCAAGCUGCUGCUACUGCACUAACAAAAGUUUGGCCUGGAGUCAAGAUGAAUGUGCCAGAAGUUGAGGAACACAUCUCUCAGAAAUACGAAAUAAAGAAAAGACUUGGCAAAGGGGCUUAUGGAAUUGUCUGGAAGGCAGUUGAUAGACGUACAGGUGAAAUAGUUGCUGUGAAGAAGAUUUUUGAUGCCUUCAGAAAUCGAACAGAUGCACAGAGAACAUUUCGAGAGAUCAUGUUCCUUCAGGAAUUUGGGGAACACCCCAAUAUCAUUAAGCUGAUGAAUGUCAUUCGAGCACAAAACGAUAAAGAUAUCUACCUGGUUUUUGAAUACAUGGAGACAGAUUUGCAUGCAGUAAUCAAAAAGGGGAAUCUUCUGAAAGAUAUCCACAUGCGUUAUAUCAUAUACCAACUUCUAAAGGCCACAAAAUUUGUCCAUUCUGGCAAUGUUAUUCACAGGGAUCAGAAGCCAUCUAAUAUCCUCCUGGAUUCAGACUGUUUUGUGAAGUUGUGUGAUUUUGGACUUGCUCGUUCACUAUACCAGAUCCAGGAAGAUCAAGAGACUCCUGCACUAACUGAAUAUGUUGCCACUCGCUGGUACCGAGCACCUGAGAUUUUACUUGCUUCUACUAGGUAUACAAAAGGUGUGGAUAUGUGGAGUGUAGGAUGUAUACUUGGAGAAAUGCUACUUGGAAAGCCACUUUUUCCAGGAACAUCAACAAUCAAUCAAAUUGAAAGAAUCAUGAGUGUUAUUCCACCACCCUCCAAGGAAGACAUCCUGUCUAUAAAGUCAGACUAUGGAGCUUCGGUCAUUCAAAAAAUGAUGUCAAGGCAGAGAAUGCCAUUUGAAGAACUGUUACCUGCCAACACUUCUGAAGAUGCCAUGGAUUUGAUAAAGAAAUUGCUGGUAUUCAAUCCAGAGAAGCGCCUUAAUGCAGAAGAGGCUCUCCGGCAUCCUUAUGUCAGAAGAUUUCACAACCCUGCAAGAGAGCCUUCUUUAGAUUACGAUGUGGUUCUUCCAGUUGAUGAUGAUAUCCAGCUGUCAGUGGGAGAAUAUCGUAAUAAACUGUACCAGAUGAUACUGGAGAAAAAGACAAACCUACGUCGUCAGAAAAGGGAUCUGCUCAAGGAAAAUUAUGCAGCUAGUAAAACAGAGAACCUUUCUGAACAAAAGGACUUGAAGUCCCAGGAGCAACUGACAUCAAAACCACCAGCUCCUAAAACCCACGAACCAUCACCUUUAGCUUCUUUACCUCCAGCGGUUAAUCAUCAGUUAAAAGAAAAAUCAUCUGUCAGUCCAGCCAGUAGUCCAAAAGGCUCCAAAACAAACUUGACAUCCUAUAAUCCCAUAACGCACAACACUGCCACCUAUGAGACUCAUCCCGGUGAGCAGACCACUGGAAGAGCUACCCAAAACCCUCCAGGACCUUAUCAUCAAAGAAGCUCAUCUUUGAGCAGGAAGCUAGUUCGGCAGCCAAGCCAGGAAAACUUGAGCACACUGCUACAAGGGACAGAGAAUGGAAUUCAAGGCCAUCAGGGAUCAAAAGAAGUAGAUCAGCGUGGCAAGUCUGCCCCUGUUAUGAGAGCAAGGUCUUUCUCUCUUACACAGCAAUAUCGUGCAGCUGCUCCACACAGCCAUCUCACAAGGAAAGAUCAUACUGAUGUUGCUGCUGGUGUCUCUGCAACCUCUGCUAGAUUAAAUCAAAGGACUGCACUUCAAAACAGAGAAAGCCGCACAGCUCAGAGGUUUAGUAAGAAGAUGUUCCAGUCAACUUCCAAUGUAGGAGCAUCAGGUGAUGCCAAAGCCACUCUAGGAAGUUAUUCCCAGGCCUAUGGAACAAUAAGCAAGACUGGGCUAGAAAACCUAAGAAAUCUGAAACUAAAACAGUAGCAGUACUUUACAAGACGUUUGACCUUUGUUUCAUUUGGUUCAGUAAUUGUUUCAGGAUGGUAGAAACAUCCAAGGAGAUAAAUGACUUAUGGUAUUUUUGAGGAUUUCCAAGCUUGGCUGUGUUAUCUUAACUAAAUUCUUGUGAGUUCCAUAAAACACAAGCACAGUGAUUGCUCAUGGUUUGAGCAGAUGGAUAGCACAAGUGUCUUGCAUCAGAACAGAAAUAAAGGCUGUGGAAAAAUGCACUAUGAGUUAAGGUUCCUGAGAUUUGUACCAUCAUUUUAACCUCAAGCAGAAGCCAGGUUCUACACUGGAGGAUAUCCACGAGCAAAAUCUGUGUAGUAUUCCAGUUUCUAGUGAGUCUGGACUGCUGGUUUCUAGCUUGCUACCUCUCAGAAUGUGCAGAAUUUCCAGGAAAGAGACUACAAGUUUAUCUGUAAAUUGCUGUUAAUAUUUCUUAUCUGUACUGAUCUGUACAAACGUGUAUAUUUUAUUCAGCUUGAGUUUAUCACUUUGUUUCCAGAAUGUUUCCAAAACUGCUGGAAUGGUUUUAUGCUCACAGCUCCAGCAGCAGGUAUCAACUGUCAUGCAUGGGGUUUUGUAACACUAAACAAAGAUUUAACUGAUAUCCUCUUCUAGUUAUUAGAAACAUCAGAGAAAUUAAUGUAAAUGUCAUUGUGCACUUUAUAAUGUUAUUAAAUUUAAAACAUUCGUAAGUACCAGCAAAACAAAUACUCCAUGCUGUUGGUAUUUACACUAUGUUAAUAUGGAACCGGAAAAGAUCUGCCACUUUCUGUUACUGAGAAUGUCACUUUCCUCAUUUAGUUUGGUUAGUGGUUGUUCAUUUAAGCCACCUAUAGUUUUAACAGCUAUUAAGAAAUUGAAAAAAUUGUUUUGUUAGUUUUACCAGUGAGUCUGUUGAUAGAGAGUAUUACCUUCUCCUUGGCUAGCCACACUUAACAACAUUAAGCCUACUUUGCAUGAUUGUGUAAGGGGUCCACUACAAAAAGACAACACACAGUCCACUAUUUAUUAUUUAUUUAAUAUUUGUUUAGUGGGAAAGUCUAUCAUGGAAUGAAGCCAAUUUUCAGCGGAGGCCUGAGGAGAAAAACUGCAGAUGCAUGUCUUUCUAUUGUGGGAGUAAACCAGAACACCCGGAGUAAACCCACAAGAACGGCGGGAGGACAUGCAGACUCCGCACAGAAAGCACUCCAGCUGAGAAUCAAACCAGAAAACCUCUUGCUGUGAGGCGACAAUGCUACCACUGCACCACUGCGCUGUCCACUGACAGCAGUCUAAUGAGUCAUGCCCAAUGAACACCACAGCUGCAGAAACCGUGAGUGCCAUGAAAAAAUAAUCUUGUUUUUGUAGGUGGACAGACUCUUUUCUUUAAUGCUGUUUCUACUCAUCGUUAUCCUAGGGUUUUUGUUGGAUAGUUAUUGAUACUAUAGAGUUCAUUGUGAGAAGAAAGUACCAGAGUCUGCUUUGCCUUGAUAGUUGCUGUUUAGAGCACGCAGAGUUGGCAAAAGAAACCAAACCAAAGCCAAUCAAGUCUGUGUAAAUGUUGCAGCUAGCUCCAUUGUGGACAUCCCUUUCAUACUCUUGUCCCAUCCUUUCAUUGCUUCACUUAAUGAAAAGCAACUUUAUGAUUUUCUCAUGACUUGUACUUGACUGUUACCAUAAGAAACUGUUUCCAGAAGCUAUUGAACCAGCAUAUUCUUAAGGUUAUUGAAAUAUCCCUUUCAUUUGCCACUUAUAUCCCUUUUUUGCCCACCCCAGUUCUUUUUUUUUCCCUGUUCCACAUUCUGCCAUUUGUCCAAACCAAUAUGGCAUGUCCAAAUUGUAUCCAUUUUAUCUAAAUAUUUAUACAUGCCCUACUUUUCUAGGUCUCUGCUCAUGUCUCUUUCCCACCUUUAUGAUUAACCUUGUAGGUAAUUUUGUGUUGCAUGCUUUCUUCCAACCUAAUUUUCCUGAAUGUUGUGGCCUACUGAACUGUACUUAAUAGUGCCUUCUGCAGUAGGAAGAUGACUGUUGUAUCUCUGAAAUCCACUCUUCGUGAUGUAUGUCCUUAUAUUGUAUGACCUUCACCUUUCAGUUUCACAAUGCAUAACAUGAUUGUACCUAGGAAAGAUUACAACCAUGUCCUUUUCCCUGUUAGUCCUACUUAAGGUUACCCCCACCAAGACUGCAGGUUUUCCAUGGGUUCCCCAAUGAAGGACUGACAGUUUGAUAAUGCUUACCUUUAUGCAGUGUUGUGAGGAAGUGCUUUGAGAAAUUUGUGUCAGUGUUGUCCUCAUGAAUUUCACUUCCAUUACUCAGAUCAUUUGUUCACACUGCUCUGAUAUUUCUGGGAGUGAUUUUUUUGCCUAUUUGACAAGCAAGUAAUAAUGCCCAACAGGGUGUGUGUUGUGUAAAUAAUGCACACCCAGAGGUAUUCAGCGGGUGGAGAGGUUCAACAACCCCCUGAAAUGGCAUUAUUUACACAAUAACACAAACCCUGGAGGGCAUUAUUGUACUUAGAGAAUGGACUGUAUGUGAAAUUGUUUUGUAUUUGUUUUUUAUCUAUAUGAAUUUUUUUUUUAUAUUUUUCAUGUAAAAUA